AUGGCAACUCGACAGCGGCUGGCAGAAACCAGCCCGGUUUCGUGAAACCGCCUUCCCCCUCCGAUCCGUCGCAGCAGCGGCUCCACCUCUAAAUCCUCCGCUCCCGGCGCCUCCCUCCUCCUACCCGUCCGACCGGUCCCCCCUCAUAGUCUCCUCGCCUCCGGCCUCCACCGCCACCGUCGCAACGCCAUGCACUCGCCGCCGCUCCUGUACGCUCGCCUGUAGGCUUAGCCAAUCAGCCGUGCCCCGUAGGUAGCUAGUUCUAGGCUUCUAGCAGCUGUCGUCGUCGUCGUCGCUGAAGCGUCGUGGUUGUCAGAGGGCGAGCUAGGGUUGGAUUCGGAGGAGGAGGAGAUGGGGCGCGGGAAGGUUCAGCUGAAGCGGAUCGAGAACAAGAUCAACCGGCAGGUGACCUUCUCCAAGCGCCGCUCGGGGCUGCUCAAGAAGGCGCACGAGAUCUCCGUGCUCUGCGACGCCGAGGUCGCGCUCAUCAUCUUCUCCACCAAGGGAAAGCUCUACGAGUACGCCACCGACUCAUGUAUGGACAAAAUUCUUGAACAGUAUGAGCGCUACUCCUAUGCAGAAAAGGUUCUCAUUUCAGCAGAAUCUGAAAUUCAGGGCAACUGGUGCCACGAAUAUAGAAAACUAAAAGCGAAGGUCGAGACAAUACAGAAAUGUCAAAAGCACCUCAUGGGAGAGGAUAUUGAAACUUUGAAUCUCAAGGAGCUUCAGCAACUAGAGCAGCAGCUAGAAAGUUCACUGAAACAUAUUAGAUCCAGAAAGAGCCAGCUUAUGCUCGAGUCCAUUUCAGAGCUUCAACGGAAGGAGAAGUCAUUGCAGGAGGAGAACAAGGUUCUGCAGAAGGAGCUUGUGGAGAAGCAGAAGGUCCAUAGACAUCAAGUGCAAUGGGACCAAGCUCAGCAACCACAGUCCAGUUCGUCUUACUCGUCCUUCAUGGUGAGAGAAGCUCCCCCAACAACAAAUAUCAGUAAUUACCCUGCGGGAGCAGGCGGCGGAAUGGAAAGAGCAGCAGAGCAGCCGCAGGUUCGUAUCGGACUGCCACCAUGGAUGCUUAGCCACCCCAGCGGCUGAAGGCUUCCCGUCAGUCUCGGUGUGUAGCCCAGAAUUCAGCAACGGUAGCAUGCUUCUCCGGCUGGCCUGCUGCUCUACCUGGUGUGUUAUUAUCGUCGAAUCUUAUUUUGAUUGCGAGAAGCAGGGGUUUUACCGUAAUCUCGGCAUAUUAGUAGCAAGCUGCAAUGCGUAUUUACUUUGCUCAUCACCAUGUCCCUCGGGCCUGCGCCCUGGUGGGGCCGUACAAUGUGUUAUUUACCCUUAUAUAUAAAGCAUUUUCUAUACUUUUAGAUGUA